CGGGGAGCAGACUGGGGGUGUCUCGGGGCAGGACGGGGGUGCCUGGGGGGAAGGAAGGAGGUGUUGGAAAGCAGGACGCGGUGUCUGACAUGGGGAGUGUGGGAGGGAGAGCAGGAUGGGACUGACACAGGGAGGCGCUGUCUGGGGUGGGGGGACAGGCUGGGAGUCUGACAGCGCAGCCCUGUGCUUGCAGGAUCAAGUUCCCGGUGGACACUGAAGAGCUGUGUGGCCCAUAAGUUCUCUUUAACACUGGUCACGACUACACCAAGAAAAGGCAUCACGUUUGAAAGUCAAGUCUGAUCUUGCCUUGUUUUACUGGAGGACUUUCAUGGAGGUUUCAGAAAAGGUCUUGAUUGUUUUGUCUGAAAUCAAAGAUGGAAAUAUACACCUGAGGAAAAAACGUUUUAGAUCUGCUUUGUCUGUAUUCGUAUGGAUGAAUCCAGGAUGUUCCAAGAAAACACAUCUGAUAAUUACUUGAAUUCAGUAGCCCUAAUUUGUGAAGAUGAUGCUUUCCAAAAGAAAGGGCACAGUAAAAGGACCCUUAGCCCUGAAGAAGCUGAAAAACUGGCAAGAGAUCAAGCCUUGGUGUCUGACUUCAAAAAACUGAAACUGGAAAAAGAUGCACAGAAGAACUGGGAUCUAUUUUACAAAAGAAACAGCACAAACUUCUUUAAAGACAGGCAUUGGACAACUAGAGAGUUUGAAGAUUUAAAAGCAUGCCGAGAGUUUGAAGAUCAGAAACUGACCGUUCUUGAAGCAGGCUGUGGGGUUGGAAAUUGCUUGUUUCCACUUUUAGAAGAGGACUUGAAUAUCUUUGCUUAUGCCUGUGAUUUCUCUCCAAGAGCUGUUGAGUAUGUGAAGAAGAACGCUUUAUAUAAUAUUGAGAGAUGUAAAGUAUUCCAAUGUGAUCUGACCAAAGAUGACCUUCUGGAAAAUAUACCAGCAGAUUCUGUGGAUGUUGCCACAUUAAUAUUUGUGCUUUCUGCCAUUCACCCUGACAAGAUGCACGUUGCUUUGCAAAAUAUUUAUAAGGUAUUAAAACCAGGCAAAUGUGUCUUAUUUAGAGACUAUGGGCUCUAUGAUCAUGCAAUGCUUAGGUUUAAAUCUGGCAGCAAACUUGGAGAAAACUUUUAUGUUAGACAAGAUGGGACAAGAUCAUAUUUCUUUACUGAUGAAUUCUUGUCUCAUCUCUUUAUGGCUGUAGGAUAUGAACAAGUGGUCAAUGAGUAUGUGCUACGAGAAACUGUGAAUAGGAAAGAAGGCCUGCGUGUUCCAAGGGUUUUUCUUCAGAGCAAAUUUCGAAAGCCUCUAAGUGAAGCAUGAGUAUUUGCUAAUGAGCCACAGAAAUGCUUGUUUAAAUGGGUCGGUGAGGGGGGGAAAUCUAGUAUCAAGUUUUUCCUUGGCUGUACUAUCCUGGAGUCUGCUAAACCACAAUGACAGAAUCAUGUUUUCCAGAACCCUUUUUGAUCCUUGGGUAAAGAAGACAAGAGUGAUUAUUAGAAUACAAUUUUAAGAUAGGAUAAAGGUACAUAUAUACAAGCAACCUCUUUGAGUGACUAAAUUUCCCCUUUUUAAAGUAAAUUCUGUGCACCAUUAUUAGAGGCUCUUGUGUGAUUUUAAUAUAAAAAUGGUUUAAAUAAGACAAUUUGUUUUUAAAUAAUUCUCCAAGGAUUUGGUAUAGGAUUGUAAUUUUCAUUAAGGAAAGUAUGUUGUUGAGCAUAAACAGGCUAACUGUUAAUUCUAAAUCACUGCUUCCACUAGUUGCAAGAAUGGAUUAGUGUUGUGUCCCAUCUCUUUCAUAUUAAAACUAUUUUAUAUUUCUGCUAAUG